GUCCUGCCUCCUCCCUGCCUUGGACUUACACUAUUAAGCUCAGACAAUCAAUGCCCAGUUUUUCUUGCUGUGGACACCCUACCAGCACUAUGCCUGUGACAGUGGGUUACUGGGACUUCCGUGGGCUGGCUCAUUGCAUUCGUCUGCUCCUGGAGUACACGGACACAAGCUAUGAGGAGAAGAGAUAUGCCACGGGGGACGGUCCCGACUUUGACAGAAGCCAGUGGCUGAAUGAGAAGUUCAAGCUGGGCCUGGACUUUCCCAAUCUGCCCUAUUUAAUUGAUGGGUCACACAAGAUCACCCAGAGCAAUGCCAUCCUGCGCUACCUUGCCCGCAAGCACCACCUGUGUGGGGAGACAGAGGAGGAGAGGAUUCGUGUGGACAUUGUGGAGAACCAGGCCAUGGACACCCGCAUGCAGUUGGGCAUGCUCUGCUACAGCCCUGACUUUGAGAAACGGAAGCCAGAGUACUUAGAGGGGCUCCCUGAGAAGAUGAAGCUCUACUCUGAGUUCCUGGGCAAGCGGCCAUGGUUUGCAGGGGACAAGAUCACCUACGUGGAUUUCCUCGCUUAUGACAUCCUUGACCAGCACCGUGAAUUUGAGCCCAAGUGCCUGGAUGCAUUCCCAAACCUGAAGGACUUCCUGGCCCGCUUUGAGGGCCUGAAGAAAAUAGCUGACUACAUGAAGAGUGGCCGUUUUCUCUCCAAACCAAUCUUUGCAAAGGUAGCCUUUUGGAACCCAAAGUAGGACUACACACCAGCCCUGGGGGAACACUCACAACCACCCUGCUGCCUCCGGCCCCUGGACAUGGCUGUGUGCUCCCACCAAGUGCAGCUUUCUCCUCCUUUCUGUUUCUGAUGCUUCCAUU